GGAACAGAUGUCGUCAUUGUUAAAAAUGGCAGAAGAAUAUGUGGCACGGGAGGCUGCUUAGCCAAUGCACCUUUGCAUCAGAACAAGAGCUAUUUUGAGUUUAAAAUCCAGUCUACAGGUAUUUGGGGUAUUGGAGUUGCAACCCAGAAAGCAAACUUGAAUCAAAUUCCACUUGGUCGAGAUGUCCAUAGCCUGGUGAUGAGGAAUGAUGGAGCUCUCUACUAUAACAAUGAAGAGAAAAAUAGACUACCAGCAAACAGCCUUCCUCAGGAGGGCGAUGUGGUGGGCAUUACAUAUGACCAUGUAGAAUUAAAUGUAUAUUUAAAUGGGAAGAACAUGCAUUGUCCAGCUUCAGGAAUCCGCGGGACUGUCUAUCCAGUGGUCUAUGUUGAUGACAGUGCCAUUCUGGAUUGUCAGUUCAGUGAAUUUUAUCAUACACCUCCACCAGGGUUUGAAAAGAUCCUCUUUGAGCAGCAAAUCUUCUGAAUGUCUUCAUACCGAAAAUUUGCACCCUGCACUGUUACAAAAGCUUUGUCAUCUUAAAUAAAGCUUCACAUUACUUUUAGGAAACAUAUCUGUAUUUUUAGUAAGUACUUGUGACCGUUGUCUGCAGAAUUAAUAUGUUAACUGCAACGUCAGUUAACUGUGUUGCAAAUACAAGAUUUCUGACAAUGUUUUGUGGUUGAAAAUCAGUGUUUUGGGGCAGGGUUUUUUCUCUGAUUUAUACUUGAUGCAUAAGGAGACUGACAGAUAUUAUUGACAUCAGUAUUACAUUCAGUAUUUUGAAUAAACUGGAGCUCUGUAAAACCAAUAGUUCUUAUGCAUAUGAUAGCUAUGGAGAUGGAUAGUUCUCAAGAUGUUUUCCCAACUUUUUUUCACACAGAAGUUACGUACUUUGUUGAAAGGAAGCACUGUGUUUCUAGUCUGUGAUUUGGAGUUGCGGUGUCCCAGUUGUGCACAAUGACUAAUAAUACGAUGACAUAACUAGCAGAUAGAUACUUUUUUUUUUUUUUGGCAAGGUGUAAUUUAAUCCAUUCCCUCAAUCUUACACUGGCAAAUAUAUAACUUAUCUAUUUCUCCUAGCUUUUCAUUUGCUUUUAUUGUGAC